UCGUUUGCACGAAGCCACGAACAGAGCAGACGCAGUCACGAGAGAAGAGACAGACGGGCGGGCGGCGGCAACCCUAGCUCGAUUCCGGUCGAGCCAAGCGGCGGCGGGCCGGCGGCGUGGCGCGGCGCGGCUAGCAACAGCGGGCGGCGGCCGGCGAACCAGCAACCGCGGCGCGGCGAACGGCCACCAGCGAGCGGCGAUUCGGCGACGCGAUGUCCAGUAAAAGCCACGGCAAGGGAAAGAUGAAAAGGAAAAGUGCUGCUGACAGUACCAUAUUUACAAUGUGGGGAAAAGCUUCAAAAGCAAAAAAGAUUGAUGAAAGAUCAACACCUAGUCAGCCCGAGAGUAGUUUGCAAUUGGUUCUAUUUCAAGCACCGGAUGUAGGACUUGAACCGGAGAGCAGCGGCGCAAACCCAGUCCCAAUUAUGGUAGAUAAUGAAGAAAUUGAUGAAGAUGAUGAUGAACCAACACAAGCUGAUUUGGGGGCACUUGAACAUGAUCCUGGGAAGCGAAUUCCAAUCUCAAGGUAUGCUGUGAAUGAUCAAGAUAGAGUGAGGAGGAGAUACAUUGAACUGGGGCCAUGUCAACCAAAGAACCAUAAGUUCAAGGUUACAAAUAAAAGUGGAAUGGACCGUCGCUUUUGCCAUUCUUGGUUUAAAGAAUUUCCAUGGAUUGAGUAUAGUGUAGAAAAAGAUGCAGCUUUCUGCUUUGUUUGCUACUUGUUCAAGGAUAGAACAAAAAGUCCGGGUGGAGAUUCAUUUGUAAAGAAUGGGUUUAGGAACUGGAACAUGAAAAAAAGAUUGCUGAAACAUGAAGGUCAGGUUAGUAGUGCUCAUUGUGAAGCUCAAGAGAAAUACAAUAUGUUCACUACACCGUUCGCAUCAAUCCGGGAGUCUCUUGCUGCGAACACCUCCCAAUACAAGGCUUUGUAUCUGCACAUAACUGCAAGGUGA